UUCAGCAAAAGCCAAGGCAGCCAACAAAGGCACAGCUGAGGUGGCGGAGCCUCUGCCGCCUGGGCAGCUCAUCAGCCACUCCUCAGAAGCAGAUCAGACCGUCCUUUCUUUUUUAAAACCCACAUCACCACCUGAUCAUAAUGGAGAUCAGUCUCCUCAAACCACCAUGCAAAGGCGUAUCCAUAGCAACCUCAAAAGGAAGGACACAGAGAUGCUCCAGUGGCUGCAGCAAAAAAAGGAUGUUCCGCCGCGAGCGCUCCAUCCCACUUCGCGACUCUGCCGCCGCCCUGUCUAACAACCUCAGUGUACUGCAGCUUCCAGCCCGUGAUCUCACGCAUUUUGGAGUGGUUCAUGGACCGAGCGCCCAGAUUCUCAGCGCUGCCCCUGACGGUGUGCCCUUGGCCCAACGCCAGCUCCAAGUCAAAGUGGGCGUUGGAGUGAGUCCCCCACUUAUCACUCAGGUCCACUGGUGCGUCCUCCCCUUCAGAGUACUGCUGGUGCUCACCUCACAUCGAAGAAUACAGAUGUAUGAGUCUGACGGCUCCCUCAUGGUCUAUUGGCAUGCCUUGGAUUCAGGAGAUGCAUCUUCAGCACAGGCUAUGUUUGCCCGAGGAAUCGCUGCCAGUGUUCACUUCAUCUGUGUGGGAACAUGGUCCGGUCGGGUACUGGUGUUUGACAUCCCUGCUAAGGGUCCCAACAUUGUACUUAACGAGGAGCUGGCUGGGCAUCAGACGCCAAUCACAGACAUCGCCACUGAGCGUGCCCAGGGGCAGGAUGGUGUUGCUGACAUGGUGACAGCCGAUGACUCGGGUGUUCUGUGUGUCUGGAGGUCAGGAACUGCAUUCACGUUACUGACUCGAAUACCAGGAUUCGGGGUCCCUUGCCCCUCCGUGCAGCUGUGGCAGGGCGUUGUGGCAGCCGGGUAUGGGAAUGGGCAAGUGCGUCUGUAUGACGCCAUCACAGGAGCACUCCGUGUCCAGAUCAGUGCCCAUGCCCGGACCGUCUGCGCCCUGGACCUCGCUCCAGAAGUAGGCAAGCUCCUCUCUGCCGCUGAGGACACAUUUGUGCACAUCUGGAAGCUGAACAGGAGUCCAGAGAGCGGCUCCAUUGAGGUUGAACACUGCCAUGGUGAAUGUAUUUCUGACACCCAAGUGUGUGGUGCGCGGUUCUGUGACCCAUCAGGCAGCUCCUUUGCGGUGACGGGUUAUGACCUUGCUGAGAUCCUGAGAUUCAGCAGUGUCUGAGAGAGGAGCAACCGUCCCUUCUCCCUUGGUAUUUAUAAAGUAUUCCUUCCACGAA